UUUCAAUCUUCGUGUUGAUGAGGUUUCUUCAUAGAAUUUGCCCCCUUCGCCAUUGAAAAAUCUCUGAAAAUCCUCAAACAACAGCAACCACUGCAAUUUAAAAUCAUUUAGGUUUGGAAAGUUUGGAUUUUGUUGAAGUUGCAAAAGAAUUGGGCAAAUAACCCAUGGAUGAUGAUGAACCAUCUGAAUCUUCCUCAAAACUUCCAUGGAUUUGGGUCAUUGAAGCCCUAGCAGGCUUCAGUGAAAUCACUACAUCCACUUUACAGGGUUUGAUUGAUGCAUCCCCUAUAGAGCAAGAUGAUUUUUGUGAAAAUACAAAGGAAUUGGUUGCUAUGAGGUGUUUGGAGGAACUGUGUGUUAAUCGUGAUGCUUCUUCUACCUUGGAUUCCAGAGUUGGAUUUGAUUUUUCACGAAGUUGUGUUGAUGUUCUCCAAGAAAUAUUGCAUGAGAUACCAUUAUCAAAUCUGAAAAUGGCUGGAGCAGAGCUUUUGAGAUGGGAUGUUAGUUCAUUUAUUAUGCACAAAAGAUCUGGCACUAUUAAAUGUCACUUAGAGCAGCUGAAAGAAUCAAUAUUGGAAGGCACUCAACCACAUACUGAUUACUUAAAAGAAAGGAGUGGAUUAUUCCUCCAGAAUAUGGGUCAUACAGGACAUGUAAAGGGUGGUGAAUGCGAUGAUCAUUCAGACAAGGAUAAUGGGAAGUCCACUUUUGCUGAAAACAUCGAAACAAAUGAGAACUUGGUUUCCUUAGUUUUAGAUAACAGGGAUAAAUCUUCAAAAGAACAUUUACUUGAUAAUAAUUUUUUACCCUUUAAGAGGAACAGGGUUUACUCAGCUGAUAAGCAUUUUGUGGGACACCUUCGUGAAAAGCAAGUUUGUAUAAAUGAAUGUGAUGAUUUCUUAAGAAAUACAAAGAGAAUUAAAUGUUAUGCAUCUACAAGUUUUGAUUCCAAGAAAGAAAAAACUGUUUCUCAACUCGGAAAGGAAGUGUCAGAAAAUUCAACUGAAAGAAUUCUUCUAAUUUCUGAGAAAGGAGAGCAUCAAACAGAAAAGAUUAACUGGGGAACUAUGGGUGGUGGAUCCAUAGAGGAUAGUCACAAUAGGUGCACUGCUUCAAAUUUGUGCCAAUCCAGCAACCAAAAUGAAGUCGUUCAUGAUGAAUCAAAUAUUCCUUUCGAUGCUACUUUGAUGCCUCAGCAUACAUUUGGAGGUGAAAAUUCUCAGCAAAAGCAGAUUGAGUCAAUUGCAACUGAUGUUGCAUGCCCAGAUGAAAUUCAGCAUAAGAUUUCUGGAAGUAAACCCUGGUCUAAACAUGAAACAGAUUUGCAGCUUGAAGAUCCAAAUGGCUCUCAGCAGACAGUUGCUAGUGAUAAAGCUCAAGAUGAUACUGGUAAUAGUUGGGUAGAAGUAACAGCUGAUAAGAUUGUGUAUCAAGGUGAAAACAUUAAUGUUUUAAUGAAAAAGUACGAAGAGCAGAAUCUUGGUAUGAAGUGUAAGGAAGUUGGUCAAUUACUGUUUAGUGAUGCGACUCCUGUCUCACUAGUGGUUCCUGAAAGUUGUGUUGGUAUGGCAACCACCAUUAUGCCUCAGCAUACAUCUGGAGCUGAGCCUUGCCAAAAUAAGUCUAUGGAUGAAAGCAAUGAUAAUGCACAUCAUGUUUACCCUAUUCCUUCAAAUGGUGAUAAUGCCGAUAAAAUUCAGCAUAUGAUUAAUGAAUCCCAACCCAAACAGAACGAACCAAAUGUUGUACCUUUAAAUUUCUCUCAGUCUCAGAAGCCCGUUGCUAGUGAUAAAACUGUAGUUGCUACUUUUAAUGGUUGUGAAGCUGAGUUAUCAAGUGAUAGUGAUAGGUAUCACAAUGAAAAGAUUGAUCUUGCCGCCAAAAAACAUGAAUUCCUGAGCUCCCAGUGUACAUAUGUUCAAGGUUUCUCAGCAAUGACUGAGUCGACUGAACAAAAUCUUUGCAUGAAGUGUAAUGAACGUGGCCAAUUACUAGUUUGUAAAACAACUACUUGCCCAAUGAUGGUGCAUAAAAACUGUCUGGGUGUGUCUGCUCAAUUGGACGGAAAAGGCAACUUUGUCUGCCCAUUUUGUGUAUAUUCUGACACUAUCUCAGAAUAUCUUGAAGCUAAGGAAAAAGCUUCCUUGGCAAGGAAAGAAUUGGCUAUCUUCAUUAGUAAGGGAAUAAGGAACCAAGCUGUUCAUGAAUUUCAUAGACAAGAACAUAGUCCUUCAAGAAAGAAUAGCAUGUUUAUUCAUGUCAAUAACAUCGGAAAUGAUGAGUUAACAGGGUGUGAAGACAAUAGAGAAUAUCAUGUUGGUGGGCAUGCAAAUGAAGUCAGUAAUCUUCAGUUUGAAAGAAGUCAGCCACAAGCCCCUAUAUCAUGUGUCCCCUCAUCAUGCAGAGAAAAGGAAAAUGUAAAUAAUGGAUUAAUAGAAGCUUUAAGAGAAGAGGAAAGGAGUGAAAUGCAGAAUGCAAAGAGUUUAACUGGUGGAAGAGUUGAAGAAAACCAAGUGCUUACUGACCAUGUAGAUGGAUGUGGUGGUGAUAAAUAUUCUUGUAAAAAAGCAAAUAUUGUCUGUGAUAGUCAAAGCAAUGGUGGAGAAGAAGUUCCACAAGAACUGACGAAACAACACAAUAUGGAUGGAACAGUAGAGCCAGUUUGUGCACAUGAUACUGGAAAAAAGGAAAUUUCUGAAGAUGGAUGUGAAAAGCAUAUUAUUUCUAGAUAUUCAAUGAGAUUCCGGAAGCAUGAAACUCAAUACAAACCCCAAGCAAGCCCUCUUUUAAGACGAAAGAAAAUUCCAUGGACAGCUGAGGAGGAAGAGCUGAUAAGGGAGGGAGUGCAGAAGUUUGGUUCCAGUGACCAAACAAUCCCGUGGAAGAAGAUUUUGGCAUUCGGUUCUCAUGUGUUUGAGAAGGAUGAUAAGCGCCGUACGCCAGUAGACCUGAAGGAUAAAUGGAAGAACAUGUGCAAAGCUCACUCAAAAUCGAAAUGAAAGCCUUCAUCUUAAAUCAUACUCGUAAGAUUGGUCAAGUUGGCCUGCCUCUGUUCCUCAUUCUCAUCUGACUGCCAGCUGCAAUGUCCCAAGUCCAAUCUGCACUACUCAAUUUUAUUGAAACAUUUGGCAAAUGGUUAACUUCUAGAUUGUUGUAGCUAGCCUCCUAUUACGGCGUCACUUUUACCCUUGCAAGAACGUUGCAAGAUCUUGCGACAAGAAAAGAGAAUCGUGGAAGUUAUGUAUAACAUGCCAUUUAAAUAAUCAAGUUGAUUAGCUCUGACCACUCGAUUAGUGUAAAUUUUUGUAGAAGUGUCCCUUUCGUAAGUUUGUCAUAAUAAUGGUCAUAUAAUAGUAAAAUUUUGAUCAUAUAUCGCGUAAUAUGUUCUGCACAGAUGUUUCAUGUAUGCUAUCU